AUGGUGUCUGGAAACAUUCCGGGUGAGAGCAACGCAGCUCAAGUCCGUAUUCCUUGUAUAAUCUUCUUCGUCUUGACGCCUGUCUUUCUCUUUAUUCGGUUCUGGAGUCGGAUAGCCAAGAGGUCGGGUUUGGGCUGGGAUGACUGGACCAUUCUGUUAUCCUUUACUUGUGCCCUGAUCGUGCAGAUUCUGAUGAUGAUCUCGUGCGAGUAUGGGUUUAGUCAACACAUCAAGAACUUGGCUCCCCAGAAUAAGCUGAUGGCACUCAAACUCUUCUAUGUCGCCCAGAUCUUCUACAAGCUCACCAUCAACCUUACAAAGAUCUCGAUCCUGCUCCUGUACCUCCGAAUCUUCGUCCAGCGAUGGUUCCGCAUAUCCUGCUAUACCCUCAUGGCUCUCAUCACCUGCUACAUGAUAGCAACCACCGCGUCGUCCAUCUGGCAGUGCAAGCCCAUCAGAGGAGCCUGGGAUAAGUCGAUGCAACCGACGUGUAUCAGUCUUACUAAGAACUGGUAUGCGAACGCUGGCUUCUCGAUCGCCACCGACAUCUUGAUCCUGUUACUGCCUAUGCAGCCCAUAUGGACGAGCCAAUUGUCGGUAGCUCACAAGAGAGCACUAAUGUUAGUGUUUGCUAUGGGAAGCUUUGUCACCGUCACGUCCAUCAUGCGCGCGACAACACUUCGCUUCUCAACCACCAGCCCCGACAUAACAUACGACAUCGCGUCAACGCUAUGGACCAUGAUCGAGGAGAAUAUGGCCAUUAUUUGCGCCUGCCUGCCCAUGUGCCGCAUGCUCCUGGCGAUUCUCUUCCCAGCCUGGUUUGCCGGUUCCAAGGCCUCCAGCUCCGAGGAUUAUGUCCUCAGCGACAGGUCUGGGGACCAGCCUGGGGCAUGGAGGCCAUAUGUCGGACCCCGGCACGCUGAGGGUUUCAACCAGAGCGAAGUCCUCCGCACCGACGGGGCAAGUGAGGAAUAUAUCCUGGACUCGUUGAAAGGCAACGAUGCACCUAGCGAAAUUGGGAUCGUACGGAAGACCACAUACGGUGUCACGUAUGAGACUGAUACCGAGGCUAGGAACAAGUAUCAACAGGACGCGUAA